AUGAUCUUAGAUUUGAGCCCUCAUUAUCAGGUGAAAGUGAAAAUGGAAUUUUGGUUGUAAUAAUUUAUUAUUAAAAUAAGUAACAACUUAAUAAAUCCUGGACAACUAAUUGUGUAACUAGAUGAGAUAUAGGCGUACAAUAAGUAGUAUAAUAAUGUCACAUAAUCAAGUUUUAAUGUACUGCCUCCAUAUGGUUAUUUUGAUAAUAUAAUAUUAUAAUAUCCACAGAGAAAACGAACCUCUUCAAUUUAUUUGGAAGUACAAGGAUUGGUAUAUUAUUUUACUUAUUUGAGUCGCAAUGUGGAAUUAGAACAUUUCAAUUUUAUAUUGAAAGAUGCCCAUAAGGAUGUGAGGUUUGUGACAAUUUUGAUUAUUUGGUUUGCAAUAAAUGGAAACUUCUCAACUUAAAUUUUAAUUAAUACCGCUUUUCAAAUCUUUAAGGAUGGUAGUCAUUUGAAUGGUAUAUUUAAUCAGUUAAUUUAUGUGCUGAUUGUCAUUUUCUUUACUAAUUUGGAAUUCAAUAUUUUGGAGUCCUACCUUCUCAUAAAGGAGUAAUGUUAAGAUUUUAUCGGAAGUAUGCUAUUGGUUCUAAAAAAAUCAAAAUCAAUGGAGCGAAUUAUGUAGUGUCAUAGCCAACAGACUUUUAUUAGAUUGAAUUAAUAAUUAAUGAUCACAUAGCCCCAAAUUUAAUUAUUGAAAUUGAAUAAGGAUAUAUAAGAGAUAUUGAAUUGUAUAAUUAACUGGAUGACAUAUAUUUGAAUCUUGAAAUUCGUAAUUGCUAUUCUGUUAUAAAUAACGAUUGUGUUAGUUGCUUAGAUGGAUGGGAAUUUGAAGAAAUCCAAAACGAAUGUUAUCCUUUAUGCAGAAAUCAAAUGAUUUAAGGGUUUGAAGAAUGUGAUGAUGGUAACGAUAUUCAAAAUGAUGGAUGUUAUGAGUGUAAAAUUUAAAUGCGAUGUCAAUUGUAUAUAUUGUGA